UCUUUACUGUCUUUAUUUUAGAUAUGAUGGAAGUGAAAGAGGAGAGUCAAGCUGAAGUGGAUGAGAAACAUCAGAUUGUAAAAAUAAACCAUAAUGUUUCACAGAAAGAAACUCUGAAGACAGAAGACAUAAAGUGUGAAAAUAGUUUCAGUGAAGAUGAAAGCCCUGAAGAUCACAAGAGGACUCACAGUGAGGAGAAACCUUUCACAUGUCAACAAUGUGGAAAGAGUUUCAGAAGAAAAGAUCACCUUAAAACACACAUGAGGAUUCACACUGGAGAGAAACCACACGCAUGCCAUCACUGUGAAAAGAGUUUUACAACUGCAAGUGUUCUUAACAGACACAUGAGAAUUCACACCAGAAAGAAACCUUACACUUGUCAACAAUGUGGAAAGAGUUUCAAAGUUGAAUCUAGCCUUAAGAUACACACAAGAAUUCACACUGGAGAGAAAUCUUACACGUGUCAACUAUGCAGAAAGAGUUUCACCUUUCAAUCAGGCCUUAUACAGCACGUGAAAACUCACAGUGGGGAAAAGCCACACGCAUGCCAGCAUUGUGACAAGAGUUUCACAACUGCAGGUACACUUAAGAUACAUUUGAGAAUUCACACUGGAGAGAAACCUUACACGUGUCAACAGUGUGGAAAGAGUUUCUCAUUUAUAUUGAGCCUUAAGAUACAUGCAAGAAUUCACACUGGAGAGAAACCGUUCACAUGCCAUGAGUGUAAAAAAUGUUUCGGAAGUAAAAGUAACCUUGCAACACACAUGAAAAUUCACAAUGGACAGAAACCUCACGUGUGUCUUCAGUGUGGAACGAGUUUCAGUUUGAAGCAUCACCUUAAGAGACACAUGAUGAUUCACAGCGAAAAGAAACCUCACGCAUGUCUUCAGUGUGAAAAGAGUUUCAUGUAUAAACAUGGACUUGAGACUCACAUGAGAAAUCACACUGGAGAGAGACCAUACGUGUGUCAACAGUGUGGAAAGAGUUUCGGGACAAAAACAAACCUUAAUGCACAUUUGAUCACUCACACUAAAGAGAAACCGUUCACAUGCCAUGAGUGUAAAAAGAGUUUCAAAACAAAAGCUGCCCUUAAAAAACACGCAAAAUUUCACACUCAAUAGAAAUCAUUCAUGUGCAGGGCCGGAGUGCGACUCAUUUUCAGCCCUGGAGUUUUAUGCCUUAGACCGGCCCAAUUUAGUUCACGACUGACUAUAAUAUCAGUGACUAUAUAGCUGUAAUAUCUAUAAUAUCAGUGACUAUAUAGCUGUAAUAUCUAUAAUAUCAGUGACUAUAUAGCUGUAAUAUCUAUAAUAUCAGUGACUAUAUAGCUGUAGUAUCUAUAAUAUAACUGACUGAUAUAAUAUCAUUACAUGCUCAGUAGUAUACAGUAUAAGUCUGCAAUGGUGCACCGUUCUCUGCAGCCUUGCAAUUCAUUGUAUUUUUCAAAUAUAUCAUUUCCAGUUCAAUGCAAAUACGAUUUUUGCCAUAAUCGUGUGGCCCCAUAGUUUAUAAACUUAUUCAAAAACUAAAUGAAUACAUAACUAAAUACAUAGAAAAAAGAGAGAGAGAAAGAAAAAAGUAGAGAACAACACAUGAGGGAUGUAAUACAUUUUAUUGCCGUGGCAAAAAUAAUUUGUAAUAAAUAUAUUUUAGCUCUACCCUCAAAGCCCUCUGGGCGCACACUCAGAUGGGCAAUUCUAGGGUCUUCUGGGAUUUCAAAAUGGAAGAUUUGGGCAUCAAAUAUAUCUUUCAAGUAAUUUCUUAAUUUUGGACAUGACCAUAAAAUAUGGGUGUGGUUGCCAACAUGCUGGCCACAGUUUCUCCAGCACUUUCUGAGCACGAAGGAUUCCAUUUUGAAAUUAUCUGUGGAGUUCGGAAAAAUCUGGUUAUUAUCUUCCAUUUGAAUUCCCUCCAAUUAUUAGAGUUGGUCACAAGGUGUACCCCACUGCAUACUUUCUCCCAAGUUUCCAGAGGAACUGUUUCGUUCAUUUCUGCCUCCCAUUUCUCCUUUAUAUGUAAUGUAUUAUUUGGGUUCUUCAAUAGAAAUAAUAGAUAUACUCUAGAAAUUAUAUUUUUGAUUGCAUGUCCAUUUUGUAUUUCUUUGAAAAGCAAUUCUACUGGAGAGGGUUUUUUCAUGAUUUUGUUGUAAGGAAAUGUCUCAAUUGUAAGUAUCUAAAAAAUUCAGACCUUGGGAGUGUAAAUUCUUUUCUAAUCUGGUCAAAUGAUUUAAGUGUGUCACUGUGAAAUAAUUGGUGAAGAUAAUUAAGUCCAUAUUGAGACCACUUUUUGAAACCCACAUCUGUCGAGAUGGUGGGGAGUCUUUGAGAUAUCCAAUACUUGCUGCUGAUGAAAUUUUAUUGGACAGACUACAUGAGGUUUGACCAAAUUAUGUUGAUUUUUAAAAGUCAUAUAAGCACCCCGCAAUCAAAUGUGCUGCUACAUCAUGCACAUUUUUG